AAACUUGAUAAAUCAUAACGUAGUGUAAAAUACUGGUGAGCGAAAUGGGGAUAGCAGAAGUGUGCUCGAGGUUCAUUGGGGACUUUUUACAAACAUUUAAAAGCUCGGCACAGAGCUCAGUGUCUUGUGACGUUGAUGGGAGUGAGCAUGCAUGGAAAGGUGAGAGGAUGGUGAAGGUUGAUGAGAAGAUGGUGGGUGCCCUUGUAACAGUUUUUGGGAUGGAAAGCAAUGGAAGGAUAAAGAAGGAGAGUGCAAGGGAAGUUGUGGAGAAGCUUGGUUUGGGUUCGAGAAGAGGGUUUGAGCUGGGUGAGUUGAUGGAUGAUGAAGUGGCUGUGGAAGAAGUUCUUGGUGAGUUGGAAGACAUGUCAAAGCGCAGUGAGUUGCUGCAUGAAGCUUUCAAAAUCUUUGAUGAAGAUGGAGAUGGGUACAUAGAUGCAAUGGAGUUGAAGAGGGUGCUUGAUUGCUUGGGUUUGGAUAAGGGUUGGGAUAUGAACGCCAUUGAAAAGAUGGUGAAGGUUGCAGAUUUGAACUUUGAUGGCAAGGUUGAUUUUGCUGAGUUUGAAUUCAUGAUGAUGGGGUAGCAGUUAAUCAAAAAAAAAAAAAUAUUCAUUCAUUUUUGGAAUAAUUGUAUAUUAAUUGAUUUAUUUAUUUCAGCUUUUUCUUUAAUCUAUCUUUCAAUUCUAUAAUACAUUCAUAUUUAUGUUUCUUCUAUUUUACUUUUGUUCACUUAAUCCCAUCAUGCCAGAUGUUUUGCACAUGAUAUUGCUA